AUGCGAGCUGUUGUAACACCACUAGUGCUAGCUACGCUAGCCAUAGCCACGCCGAUCCAGCUUGCAAACCCAACGCCGCCAAACGUGGUGGCCCAUCGGUUCGGUGGCUUGCCCACAAAUAUCGCAUCUUUACCUCUGCUCCGCCCAAGGCAUGGAGAUCACGGUGACGAGGUCAACGACGGAAACGGGGGCUCUGAUGGCGCCAAUGGCGAUAGGGUACGGAACCGACCUGAUAUUGGCAGCGAAGGGCCGAGGAGAGCAGAAAUUGAGAACUUCACGGCAGCUUUGCCGUCGAAAGUAGGCUCAGAAGAUGGGGCUGUCCCCGCGGCAGGCGCUGGAGGCGGCGGCAAUACUGGCCUGAUCAGUGUCCUGACACAAACAACCCUGGAACCUGGGGAUGCGAGGGCUACGGCUGCAACAGCCACGGCGACGGCAACUAGCGUUAUGAACGGACAGGAUCGUGGCGGCGGUAGCGACCAGAAUGGACGAGGGCAGGGCGGACAGGGUGGCAGAGGGCAAGGAGGUGGACAAGAAGGUUCGCAAGGAGGCCAGGAAGGGGCUCAAGCAGCGCCGAACCCGAACCAGCCGCAAGAGGGACCUGUCGCCAUUCCUGCUGGAUCUGAAGACCUACCUCCCGCACCUAGUCGGGAUGCAGCAGGCAAUUUCGUCGUAGUUGAGAAUGGUGCCACACGCACGAUAGCCGGCCCAACGGGUGAGAAGACUGCGACUCUCGCCGAAGGUCAAACACCAGAGCCAUCGGCGCCACCUCAGGCGACUGGGACUCCUGCGGCAGCCGUACCAGACCAAGCAUCACAGCAAGCACCUCAGCCUCCCGCGACUCCUGAGCCUCAAACUACGCCUGCAUCACCAUCAUCGCCACCGCCACCGCCACCGCCGGCAGCACCAUCAGCACCGCCGCCGCAGGUGCAACCCAUCCCACCUGCAGAGACACCUCCAGCAGCUGCCGCAAGCGAGAGUGCAGGAGCGCUCCCAACGGCAACACAACCGCCCGCUGCGGCGACGCCUGAUCCUACAGUCGUCACGCUUUCUCCAACCACGCCUUGCACGACUGCCACACAGAUCGUAGCUGCCUCAGCAUCAGGCUCUGCCACAGUCACCGAUUCUGCUGCCACGGCUGCUGCAACUGCGCCUCCAGCUGCAGCUUCAGGGACAGCCACUGACAAUGGUAGUAGCAACACCGUCACAGUCACAGUGGCCGAAGUAACCGUGACCGAAGCAGCCGGCGUUGAUCUAGUCGCGCCUUCUGCGACCGGCUCAGUUCUGCAAGAAGGGCAGGUCACUAUGGUCACCAUCCUUCUCUGA